GGUGGUAUGGAGCGCUAGUCGCAGUGGCAUCGUCGUGCCAGGAGCCAGCUUGGGCCAAAGCCUGCCUAAAGGCGUGGUUUGUGACCUCACUCGGGAACCGCAAAGCGGUUGGGAACCGCCAGAGCACCGAGGCUUUUCAAUUCCGCGGGCACGAAACCCAGUGUUUCUUCUCUCUCUUUCAGAGAAGAGGCAGAUGUGAAGCACUGAGGCAGCCUUUGUCACAGCUCCUCCCGUUACAGCUCUUUGGGCAUGGAAGCAAGCGCAAGCAUUUGAGGCGACUGGUGGCCAAGGCCCAUUGUCAAGCCUCAGAGCUGAUUUUUCUCGACAACGAGUUUCAGCAUUGUCAAGAUGCCGCAGACUUUGGCAGCACUGCUGUGUUCUGCCCACACGGACUCACGGCCACUUGCUGGAGCGAUUCCGUUGAAGGUUUCCCGUGUCCGGGUGUCAUCAUCGGCGACCAAUGUGAGCUGCAAAGAAAGAUGGCGACUAAAAAACACAUGUUCUUUCCUUCAAACUGAGGUUUGCACUCGCUUCUUUCAUUUUCUAUGCAUGCCAAGCUGACACUGAGGCCCAGUUUUAUGGGCUCUCAGCAUCGGUGCAACAUCUGUCUGCAUGUCCAACUUCGACUUUGCACAUGUCACCUUGGAUG